AUUCCACUGCAAUAAGCAAAUAAACCAACCUCCAUCCGCGCAAUCUCUUACCUUCCCCAGGCACCAAUGGCUGGCACCAGGAACAACGAGCUGCGCAUGACCCUGCUCGGCCUGGCCCUGCUAGGGCUCCUGCUUCUGAGCCACACCGCGGAGCCGGUGGAGGCCGCCACGGGCGUGGGCAAGGACAGCUUCUCCAUGAACGGCGGCGCCGGCGGCCGCAGCCUCAACAGCUUCAGCAUGAACCACGCCGAGGGCGGCAAGGGCGGCAAAGGGGGGGAAGCCAGCACCGCUGCCGGCGACUUCUGAUGGACGACCCUUCGCUGCCGUCGAGUACCAAUUAAAUAAUCUAUCCGGUUACCCCCUGCUUGCAUGCAUGCGUGCAUGCUCAGUUGGUGGUUGCGCAGGAUCGGUCGACCGCAUCGGCCGGCCGCCCGGAACUCCUGCGCUCGCGUAUGCUGCUGCGUUUGAAUAAGUAUCGUGUUUUUGUUUCUGUGUGUAAUUUGGAUGUGCAGAUGCAGUGCGUGUGCUGCAUCCAUCCGUGUGUUCCUCCGUGUAAUUAAGGGCGUCUGUUCGUUUGUAGGUGGUCUCUGUGCCGGAGACAGGUCUGGGGCAGGGCUAUAGCCCCAGGCUUAGUAACAACUUUCCUUGUAAUUUCUUCAUACGAAUAAUAGGGAGUCGUAGCAAUUUA